AGGGUGCCUCCAGCUGUUUCAAAACUACAACUCCCAGCAUGCCUGGCCAGCUAACAUCUGGAAGUUCACUGCCUAGACCAGUGUUUCCCAACCAGGGAGGCUCCAGCUGUUGCAAAACUACAACUCCCAGCAUGGCUGGACAGUCAACAUCUGGAAGUUCACUGCCUAGACCAGUGCUUCCCAACCAGGGUGCCUCCAGCUGUUUCAAAACUACAACUCCCAGCAUGCCUGGCCAGCUAACAUCUGGAGGUCCACAGUUUGAAGACCAAUGCCUAGGUAUAUAUAUAUAUAAAGUCAUGAAAUCUUAAAGCGUGGAGAGCAAGAUGGCAACUCCGAGUCGGAUGGUCCUGUUGGCACUAUGUGCCAUCCUCAUAGAGAUAGACCCAACCUGCGGAUUUGCUAUUAGAAAACCAGAGGGGAGAUGUCCUCCCUAUGUGCACGGCGUUCACUGCCUUUCUAGAAUGGAUCCAGGGUGUUCAAGCGACAGUGAAUGCGGCUGGAACGAGAUGUGCUGUUUCAAUGGAUGCACGAAGAUGUGUAUGAAGAUCAUAAGAGACCUCCCCGAUAUCACAGAUCGCCCUCAUUUUAAACCUUAUAUCCUUCCAGAUAAGCCGAACAUCCCUUUCCAUAUACCAAAACCUCAGCCUAAACCGCUACCGUUUUGGCCUGAAUUACCCCCCACUAACCCAGACGAUCCAUUUCCUAUAUACCCUCCUCUACCUGACCCUAUUCCCAAUAGGCCUUUACCUCCAAUCCUGUUUCCUCCAAUGGAUCCUGCAAACUACUACCCGGAUGACGACCAUCUCCCUGCCUUUCCUGGAGGAGGAGGAGGAGGAGGAGGAGAAUUUAAUUUCCCAUAAGCAUCUUUCUUCAUCAGCUGUCUGGUUACAUAGAACUGUAAGAAAUGUACAGAAUUUAUAUGGUCAAAGAGAUCAGAUUUUAAUAAACCACAAUUUUCUGAAGAUUUGAAUUAUUUAUUUUUUGGGAAACGCAAUUGUGAACAGAGCCUCAAGCCGUCUAUACACACAAUGCUCGUACGACUGACGGCCCCCGCUCCCAGGGCCUCUAUAGAAAUGAAAGUACGCAUUUGUUCUCAAUGGGUAGAGAAUUCAACAUGGCAGAUUCUUUUCUCCCCUGACA